AUGGUCGACUUGCUCUUUCAAUAUGGAACUCAGGCGGAUCCCCGGGAUAAUUCCGGGCGCACGCCGUUACAUCUUGCACUGGCUCGCCAUCAAUCCGAGAUGCUGAAUACGCUGCUUCAUCACGGGGCAAAUGUCAAUGCAGUGGACCCGGAGGGGAGGGCGCCGCUGCAUUAUGCUGCCAAAGCGGGGUGGACCAGACCAAUGCAUGCGCUGCUUCGGCCUGAGGUGGAUGUCGACGCAAAAGAUGCUGAUGGAAAUACGGCACUCCAUCUCGCCUGCCUCGGUGGCUUCAAGCAAGUGAUGUGGCUUUUGCUUGAACAUGGGGCUAGCGUACACGUCAAGGACUCCGAUGGGCUGACGGCUUUGCAACUAGCCUCUAGCACAGGACAAUCUACAAGUAUCAUCUUAGAGCCGAAGGAGGUCGAAGUAGGAAGCGUGUCUAGCCACGAGAUACCGCGACUAAGAAAAACAGAGACAGGAAGCGAGCCGAGCGACGAUAGAUUGGAACCGACUGAGGACAUGGCGGUAGGCUCUGAAAUAGACUCUGCGCAGAAAAUGCUGGGGCAGAAUCACUGGGAUGGCGUAUGUCGGGACAAUGGCGACGGCUAUAUCUUGGCCAAGUACGACGGUCAUGACAUCUACUGCGACGCCAAAAUGGAGUCAAUCCAUUCAUCAUCUCACGAGGGCCAGGAGAUGCAUGCGAUCCAGCUCAAACUCAACUUCAUGAAGCCCCAUUCCUUGAAACAUCGCAUUCGGUAUGCAGAAGUCGACGUGGCCCUCCAUGCAACUGACCUAAAAGCGUCGCCCAAUAUCCGCACAGUCAUGCCGCAGGCUGACCGGGUCGAAGUGUCGGAGCAGGAAAUCACCACAGGACAGAAGUUCACGGUUGGGGCGAACGGAAACGGCGGACCGUCCAGCGUCAACAUCAGCAUGGAAGGCUCCAAAGGAAGAAAGUCCACCUUCAAAGGCGUCCGGAUAAUCCACGGGGCAGUCAAAGACCGGAUGCACGCCUCCUGGCGGCUGUAUGAGGAGCCAGGGAGCAAGAGCGGACUACCAGAGAUAGUCCGCCUCCUUCUGGUGGUCCAAUGCAAAGCUGAGUUCGAGCUACGUGCGUCGUUGUCCGCGAGAGCCAGCCAUUUCUUCUCGUUCGGCAUCCCACGCACGGUGACAGCCAGAAAGGGGCCCGCGUACCUGGUCCCCCCACUGGCGGAUAUCAUGUCGCUCGAGCAAGCGAUGAAGCUGAAAUUGAUACUGGGCGUUGCGGACCGGGCGGCUGUCAUGGUCGAGGACGCGAAGAGGUUGGAACAGAGAGUCACUCAGUCGAUCAAGGAGCAUACAAAGAGGGCUCUGAUCAUGGAAGCAGGGGCGAGCGAAAGCAACAUCCGCGACUGGGCGGAUAUCGCGGAUGCGUCCAGCUACGGGGACUUCGCCCUCCUGUGCGAGAAACUGCUCCAGACGAGGGAGAUCGAGAGCCCGGAGGUCAGACCACGGCCGAGGCGCUGGAGCCCUGAUCCUGUACCGAUAGUGGAAAGAUCGCGCUCACGUUGGAGGCGUGAGAGUCUUGACUUCGAUGGAGAUGACCGAGGAUACGCGCGACGAAUGCGCGCGAGGCUUGGGGUCGAUGAGGCUGAAGAGGCGAUUGCGCCUACACACCGCUCGAGAAAUGUCCAUGGCUUCUCGGCGGUUGGUCCAGGAUAUAAGGUAUCGCGGCUGGCCUAG